GAAAAGACCAUAUGGAUCCAUAUGGGCUCGUUUCAUCACACCAUAUGGUGCAUUGAUGCCCCAUGUUCAUUGUGAUGAGCUCAUCAGCGUUUGUUUCGGAAGCAUGGGCAGGUGAUACGUGUCCGCAGGUGAGUGGGAUUCGGAGGGCGAAGAAAGACGGUGUUGGUUCCGCCGGUCGAAGACGUCGUUUGGAGUUCUGAAAAUUAAGACUUCGUUCAGCCCCUGUUGUUCUGCUUUGGAAUCUUCCCAACUUCAUAAGCGUCAUCCAGGUGUUUUGAACAAACACAUGCCGCGACUUCUUCGUUUUUGAAACGGGCGCCGCCUUGCGAUCGCCAUCGAUGUGUGGGACGCGAAGCGGGCUCAGAUUUGGGGCGCGGGGGGCCGCACAACGGUGGUCCAAUGGCGGAGUCCGGUGAUGCAGGCAAAGACCUGAGCAAAGUGGAUGCAGAGCUGGACAUGUCUGCGGAGGGUCCCAUGCCCGGCGACUCGGCAGAGACGCUGGACGACCUGCGCCAGGAGUGCGCGGUGCUCCGGCAGCAGAAGGUGGGGCUGGAAGCAGAGAACCGCGAGCUCCAAGCCUUAGUCAAGGAGUGGCGGAUGUGGUAUGCCCAGUGCUACAAGCCGCAAAUCGAGUUCCUGGACGCCGAGGUGGCCCGGAUGGUGGCCAUGGCGCCCACCUGCCGGCGCUUGGCCAGCACCGCAGUGCAGGAGCCGGAGCCGGGCACGGAGCGGCCGGCGGAGAUGCCGCGCAUGACGGCGCCGCCGAGUUGAGAGCGGUGGGCGCGGCGACUCGCGGCGGCGACUCGCGGAGAGGGCGUGGUGGCGAGGAACUCGAGUGGGGCAC